GCGGUAUUCGCUGUCGGAACUACACUUCCCGGCUCUCCAGCGGCAGCCCGUGACACUCCUUGGACCGCCAGCGCAGAUCGGGGUUUGUCUCUCUUUCUCGGACCCGGCCCUGGACCCGGCCUCAAAGUCGAACACAGCUCCACCAUGGAGGAGGCGGACCGAAUACUCAUCCAUUCCCUGCGCCAGGCCGGCACGGCAGUUCCUCCUGAAGUACAGACCCUGCGAGCCUUCACCACUGAGCUGGUUGUAGAAGCUGUUGUCCGCUGCCUUCGCGUGAUCAACCCGGCGGUAGGCUCUGGCCUCAGCCCCCUGCUGCCUCUCGCCAUGUCCGCCCGUUUCCGCCUGGCCAUGAGUCUGGCUCAGGCCUGCAUGGACCUGGGCUAUCCUUUGGAGCUUGGUUAUCAGAACUUCCUCUACCCCAGUGAGCCUGACCUCCGGGACCUGCUUCUCUUCUUGGCUGAGCGUCUGCCCACCGAUGCCUCUGACGAUGCAGACCAGCCCGCAGGUGACUCAGCUAUCCUUCUCCGGGCCAUCGGGAGCCAAAUCCGGGACCAGCUGGCCCUUCCCUGGGUUCCACCCCUCCUUCGAACUCCCAAGCUGCAGCACCUCCAGGGCACAGCGCCCCAGAAGCCUUUCCAUGCCAGCAGGCUGGCCAUGCCUGAAUUGAAUUCCAGAGGAGAGCCCCGAGAGUUCCAGGCGAGUCCUUUGUUACUACCAGCUCCCACCCAGGUGUGCCAGCCUGCUGGGAGGGUGGCGUCGCUCCUCGAAUGCCAUGCUCUCCAGCUCUGCCAGCACAUGGGUCAGGACCACCCCAGGGAUAAGGACUGGCCCCACAGGGCGUCCCGCCUCCCCACCCAGGAGGAUACCCGGGCUCAGCGGCAGCGGCUGCAAAAGCACCUGGCUGAGCAUCUGCGCCAGACCUGGGGCCGGCUGGGGCCACCCCCACAAGUCCGAGACCUGGGAGAGCUGCUUCAGGCCUGGGGUGCUGGGGCCAGGACUGCUACUCCCAAGGGCUCCCGCUUCACGCAUUCAGAAAAGUUCACCUUCCAUCUGGAGCCUGAGGCCCAGGCAGCCCAGGUGUCAGAUGUGCUGGCCACCUCCGGUCGGCCUGAACAGGACACACGGGCAGCUCAAGAGCAGGAGCUGGAGGCCCUUCAGGAGCAGCUGGAGGGAAUGAACCGCAGCAUUGAAGAGGUUGAAGCCAACAUGAAGACACUGGGACUCGGCCUCGUACAGGUGGAGACCGAGUGUCGGCAGAGCGAGCUCAGCACGGCAGAGCGGGAGCAGGCCCUGCGCCUGAAGAGCCGGGCGGUGGAGCUGUUGCCGGAUGGGGCUGCCAACCUCGCCAGGCUGCAGCUCGUAGUAGAGAGUAGUGCCCAGCGAGUUAUCCAUUUGGCGGGCCAGUGGGAAAAGCACCGGGUCCCGCUGCUUGCUGAAUACCGCCACCUCCGAAAGCUCCAGGAUUGCAGAGAGCUGGAAUCUUCUCGACGGCUGGCAGAGAUCCAGGAGCUGCACCAAAGUGUUCGGGCAGCUGCUGAGGAGGCCCGCAGGAAGGAGGAGAUCUAUAAGCAGCUGGUGUCCGAGCUGGAGACCCUGCCCAGAGACGUAUCCCGGCUGGCCUAUACCCAGCGCAUCCUGGAGAUUGUGGGCAACAUCCGGAAGCAGAAGGAAGAGAUCACUAAGAUCUUGUCAGACACAAAGGAGCUUCAGAAGGAAAUCAACUCCCUGUCUGGGAAGCUGGACCGGACGUUUGCGGUGACUGAUGAGCUUGUGUUCAAGGAUGCCAAGAAGGACGAUGCUGUUCGGAAGGCCUACAAAUAUCUAGCUGCCUUGCACGAGAACUGCAGCCAACUUAUCCAGACCAUUGAGGACACAGGCACGAUCAUGCGGGAGGUUCGAGACCUUGAGGAGCAGAUCGAGACGGAAAUGGGAAAGAAAACCCUCAGCAACCUGGAGAAGAUCCGCGAGGAUUACCGGGCCCUUCGCCAGGAGAACGCUAGCCUCCUGGGGCGGGUCCGUGACGCCUGAGCGGGGCCCCAGCAGAGGUCUCCCUGACCCAGGCCUUCAGCAGGGAUUUGGGGUGUCGGAGGCAAUGGCCAAGUGCUGGACCUAGCCAUUCCCUGUGUUUGCUGUCCAGUCCCUCCUGCUGUGGUGACCCCUGCCCACCUGACCCCAACCCUCUUCUGGGUGAACGUCCAGAGUGUGGAAACAUGGCUGCGGUUUAUUGGAGAGGGCAUUGGGGGUUGGGCCUUGGAUCCCAAAUAAAUGAGGAGCUCUGUCUCUCGUUUAAGCUGA